AUGUACCCGGUGGAUCCUUUGUCGGUGGAAGGCCGCACCUUGGAUAGCCACAGCCGAUGUCCGGACCCCCCGCCCGCGCUGGCCUUUGCGCAAGUGGCGAACACCCUCACAGGUUCUUUGGACGAUGACGUGGAGCUUUACUUCGAGCAUCCGUAUCAGGAGGCCUUCGACCAGGCCGCGGCGGCGCAGCAGCUGGCGGCGAAGUCCGCACAGCCCAAGGAUCUGCUGGAGGUGUGCGAAGCCGCCUGGACACAGCUCUACGGGGAAGCGCUGACCAACUGGGAGGAGGACCUCGCAUUGGGCGGCUUUGUGCACCGCGUGACUGGACACCGGGCCCAGAAGGAUCCCCGGUCGCACCUGCUCCGCGAAAUGCAGCUGGGUUGUUUCCUGCUGGCCCGAGUUCGCGUUCAGCUCGGCAUCGAGUCACGAUGA